CCAAAUAGAAUAUCUAAGGAGGAAAAAAAUACUAGUGACUUUGGCUGGCCCUAAACAAAACCUAGAACCACGAGCAUCCGAGUCCUCCUCGCAACCUUGCAAGUUGCAACACUACACAAGCCUCUCACCUCGUUCUCCAUUUUCCUCCACAACACAACCAUGUCCUCCAUGGCUGCAUCUUCCUCCCUCUCCACUUUCUCUCCUUCCUCUUCCCUCUCCAAACCCUCCCCUCUCUCUCCUCCUCCUACCACCACCCGCUUCUUCACCAAAACCCUCCCAAAACCCACCCUCUCUCGCGCCGCCGCCAGACCCCCCUUCAUCGCUUCCUACAAAAACUACUUCUCCGACGCUGUCUCCUCCAACAACGCCACCCCACCACCGCAAAUCCACUCCGAUGAUGAUGACGAGAAGCCCCGGGAGGAGUGUGGGGUUGUGGGCAUAUACGGUGACCCUGAAGCCUCUCGCCUCUGCUACCUCGCCCUUCACGCGCUGCAACACCGUGGCCAGGAAGGUGCUGGUAUUGUCACCGUCAACGACAGCAACGUGCUUCAGUCAAUCACCGGUGUCGGGCUUGUCUCCGAUGUCUUCAACGAGUCCAAGCUGGAUCAGUUACCAGGUAGUUUGGCUAUUGGGCAUGUUCGUUAUUCCACUGCAGGGCAAUCCAUGUUGAAGAAUGUUCAGCCUUUUGUUGCUGGGUACCGUUUUGGUUCUGUUGGGGUUGCUCACAAUGGGAAUUUGGUGAACUACCGCACCUUGAGGGCUAAGCUUGAAGAGAGAGGUUCCAUUUUCAACACUACUUCUGAUACUGAGGUUGUGCUUCAUUUGAUUGCUACCUCGAAGCAUAGGCCUUUCAUUUUGAGGAUUGUUGAUGCUUGUGAGAAGCUUGAAGGGGCUUAUUCUAUUGUGUUUGUGACUGAGGAUAAGCUUGUUGCGGUGAGGGAUCCGUUCGGGUUUCGGCCUUUGGUUAUGGGGAGGAGGAGCAAUGGUGCUGUUGUUUUUGCUUCUGAGACUUGUGCCCUUGAUUUGAUUGAAGCUACUUAUGAGAGGGAGGUUUACCCUGGUGAGGUUUUGGUGGUGGAUAAAAAUGGGAUUCAAUCCCUUUGCCUCAUGGCUCACCCUGAGCCGAAGCAGUGUAUCUUUGAGCAUAUUUACUUUGCUUUGCCCAAUUCUGUGGUUUUUGGGAGGUCAGUGUAUGAUUCUAGGAGGCAAUUUGGUGAGAUAUUGGCCACUGAGAGCCCUGUGGAUUGUGAUGUUGUGAUUGCAGUUCCUGAUUCUGGUGUUGUUGCUGCGCUUGGUUAUGCUGCCAAAGCUGGGGUUCCUUUUCAGCAGGGGCUGAUCAGGUCACACUAUGUUGGAAGGACCUUCAUUGAGCCAUCUCAGAAGAUUAGGGACUUUGGUGUGAAGUUGAAGCUCUCACCGGUUCGUGCCGUGCUUGAAGGCAAGAGGGUUGUGGUUGUUGAUGACUCAAUUGUGAGAGGAACUACCUCAUCCAAGAUUGUGAGGUUGCUGAAGGAGGCUGGUGCUAAGGAAGUUCACAUGAGGAUUGCUAGUCCUCCAAUUAUUGGUUCAUGUUAUUAUGGGGUGGAUACUCCUAGCUCUGAGGAGUUGAUCUCUAAUAGGAUGAGCACGGAGGAGAUAAGGGAGUUUAUUGGAUCAGAUUCACUUGCUUUUCUGCCAAUUAAUAGCUUGCAGGGUCUGUUAGGCAAGGACUCUCCCAAUUUCUGUUAUGCUUGUUUCUCUGGGAAGUACCCUGUUGAGCCAAGAGAACUUAAGGUGAAGAGGGUUGGUGACUUUGUGGAUGAUGGGUUGAAUGGGAGUUUGGAGUCUAUUGAUGGUGGCUGGGUUCAAGCAAACAGAAAUCACAUAGAGGUGAAGGCUGCUACUGGUCUUUAACAAUUGCACUGUUUCUCUGAUUUUGCAUUGCUUUUCAGUUUCAUAAUGUAUGGUUACUACCUCUGUGAUGUGGUUGUGGUACGGUGAGAGAUAAUGUCAAACUAUCUAACUACAGUGGUAUGGUGAGCUCCAUCUUAAUCAUUUGGAUUCUGAAGGCCAAUGCUUUAUACUUAUUGUUGGUCAUAACUUGAUAUUUGGAGCCUUUGUUAUCUAGGACAUAGAACAGUGAUUAUAAGAACUUUGGUUGUUUUUCUUUUAUAUAGGAUUUUGUUCUAAACAGCUUAUUGCUAUGUUCCUCAAUUUUGAAAGGCCCUUUUUGAUGUUCUUGGGUUA